CAAAAAAUCACGACAAAUCCGACCAGCACCCUCUCGCACAGCUCUUCCUUUCUCUCUCGCCAUCCUCGCUUUCGUGUUUCUGCUGUGUAAUUACCUCGUCUUCACCGGCAACGUUACUUCGCACUCCUCUUCGUCGCAGCCACCCCCGUAUGCAACUCUCGAAAGGCCGUCAAGAUGGAGCCCGUUCCUGAGACGGAGCGCAUGGAGGAGUUUCGCACCGUUCCAUCAGCCAAGGCUCGUCUCAACGGGUCGCAUACUCUUUCAACACUCGAUUUUGACGCGGCCAGAAAACCACCCAACCUGCGGCGGAGCACAGACCCAAGCCCAACAUCUACAAACGCCUUCUCAUGGACCCCUAUGGUCGCUCUUCCGUAUCGCCCCCGGACUACUUCUCCCCUCUCUGGUAGCACUCAUGUUCGUUCACGGUCCGCUGCUAGCAUUGGCGCCGCGCCCAUGGGCCGUACACAGUCCAUGCCCGGUGUCACUGGCUCGGGCCACCUGCUCUACUCUCCGCAAUUCCGCCCAGCCAGUCCAGCGCAAUCUCCUAGCAGAGUCCGCACGCCGCGGAAACCAGUGGAUGAGUCGUUUCCUAUGACGUCUCCAGUACGGACGUCAGUUCUUGACCACGACAGACUACCUGCCGACAGGAGCGGCUCUCCUGUACUCGGUGUCUCAACCAAUGGCACAUUGACUCGAGUACGCAGAACCUCGUCGCCGAUUCGAAAUUUUUCCCAGUCAAGUACUGGGUCUCUCCCGACUUUGCCCAGCACGCCAACCUCCAGCUCGUCAUCCCUCUAUAGAGCAUAUGAUCCUUUCUCCAGCAGUUAUGGGGCCCUUUCCUCUGUACCAUCGACGCCGACAUCGCUGAGGUCGCGCAGCCCCAGUAUCUCGAGUCUGGAAACCAUCCCGGACUCCCCUGAUGCUGAGGAGGCAGCACUUGAAGCUGAAAAGCAGGCCCAGUUAAAGGCUGCGGCUGAGAUAACGGAGGCCGGGGACGCAUCGGAUGCAAAGGGACGGGGCAGCUUAGAUUUGCCCGCUCGUGGUCGCACAAUGGCUUUUGGCUCCAAAGACAAGCGGAAGCGGUGGAGCGUCUGCGGUGCUGAGCGGCGUGGCGACAUUGACCUGGAAACGAUCUGGGAGGACUGAAUGCAUGCCCCGGUGGCAAUUUUGAAAUUAUGAAUGACACUGCAUAUGAGCGUGCGCAGACUUGGUUUUGUUUUUAUCCCCUUUCUCCUUCUUCUUCUCUCUUUUACUAGGUUUUGGUACGGAAAGGUCAUUUUGUUUCACUUGACUUUCCAGGCGCACGGGACACGAGCAUUGUGACAUUUCGGAAAUUGGCGCAUACACACACUUAUGCAUAUUGCUUUCUCCCGCACCUCUUUUGAUGGACAAUUUUCUUUAAACCCACUCUUGUUUUUGUUGUACGACCAGGGACGCAGCGGGCGUUUAAAAUGAGAGUGUCUCUGGUCCGGAUACCCUUUUGCAUAUCUACGUCUUACAACAAGGACUUUCAAUGGCACAUCUGCCCUGGGCAGAGUAGCCACGCUCAGAACACACAGAAAAAGCUAUGCCAGACUAUGGCACAAUGAAUCAAUUUGUUUCGUG